AUGUGGUUAGAAUUAGCAUUGGACAGGUGGAUCGUUGGCUUACUGAGCUGGGUGGUUGGUCGCGACAGUUUCUUAUUUUAUUGGCUCCAUGAGUACUGGGAACAGGGGAUCGAUCCCCGUACUCGGGGCUAUUUUCUGGUGGACAUGUCACCCCUCACAUUAUGUUGUAUCCUGGCCAUAUAUAUAAUUCAUGUAAAACUUCUCAUACCAUAUCUCAUGAAAAACCGAAAGCCAUUUGACUUAAAAAAGAUUAUCAUCGGAUACGACGUGUUACUGGUAGCUAUUAAUGCAUAUUUUUGGUUUUACUCGUUGGCACACAUCACCGAUAUGUGGGACUUUCGUAACCCUAAAACUGAUACCUCAGACAAAGCCAUGAAAUUCAUAAAUACGGCUCAUUUGUAUUACUUGUCAAAAUGGUUUGACUUAUUGGACACAUAUUUCAUGGCAUUAAAGAAAAAGAACUCGCACAUUUCUGUUCUCCAUUACAUUACCCGUAUACAGCUUGUACAAAUGGCUACCGGAAUUGUCUGGAUGAGUUUGGUGCUUUUUAAGUCGACUGAUUUGCCGUACUGGGAACAGGGGGUCGAUCCCCGUACUCGGGGCUAUUUUUUGGUGGACUGGUCUAACAUCACAAUGGGCUCUGUUAUGUUCACGUACAUAUUUCAUGUCACAAUUCUCAUACCAUAUCUCAUGAAAAACCGAAAACCAUUUGACUUAAAGAAAAUUAUCAUUGCGUACGACGUGUUACUGGUGGCGAUAAACGCCUAUUUCUGGUUCUAUGCGUUGGGACACAUCGCCGAUAUGUGGGACUUCCGUAACCCUAAGACCGAUACCUCAGACAAAGCCAUUAAGUUCAUGAAUACGGCUCAUUUGUAUUACUUGUCUAAACUGAUCGACUUAUUGGACACAUAUUUUAUGGCAUUAAAGAAAAAGAACUCGCACAUUUCAGUUCUCCAUGUCUGGCAUCACAUAUCUGUUCCCUGGGCCGCACUGGGACCUCAGUAUCAGAAGUAUUUGUGGUGGAAAAGGUACAUCACCCAGAUGCAAUUAGUACAAAUGACUAUUGGUAUCGUUUGGUUUACCCUGGUUUACAUUAAGUCCACCGAUAUACCUGUCGGCUAUCUCGCAUGCAAUUUAGGCAACGCGACAGCCUUAAAACAAACAAAUAAAAUCUCAUUCUCCAUGUCUGGCAUCACGUAUCAGUUCCAGCAGCAGGAUAUGCCCACAGAAUACAUGUUCCCACUAUUGAAUGGCUUCAUUCACGUUGUAAUGUACGGCUACUAUGCGUUGGCAGCACUGGGACCCCAGUACCAGAAAUAUUUGUGGUGGAAAAAGUACAUCACCCAGAUGCAAUUGAUACAAAUGACUAUUGCUUUCGUUUGGUUUAAUCUUGUCUACUUGAAAUCUACUGAUAUCCCGGCUGGUUAUCACGCAUCCAAUAUAGGCAAUGCAACGGCCCUGUUCCUAUUAUUUCUAAAUUUCUAUAUACAAGCUUAUAGGAAAGAAAAUAAACAAAUUAAAACUCAAUAA